CCCGCCAUCCCCGCCCCGCCGGCCCCGCCCCGGAGGCCGGCACGCUGGCUCGCUCGCUGCCGGGGAACAUGGCCGAAGUCGGGGAGGACAGUAGCGGGGCGCGGGCUCUGCUGGCGCUGCGCUCGGCGCCCUGCAGCCCCGCCGCCGCGCCCCCUCCCGGGCCGCCGCCCCCGGCCGCGCCGCCCGCCGCCUGCACCGGGCCGGUGCUGGCGCGGCUGCAGGGCCGCGAGUUCGAGUUCCUCAUGCGGCAGCCGGCCGUCACCAUAGGCCGCAACUCCUCGCAGGGCUCGGUGGACGUCAACAUGGGGCACUCCAGCUUCAUCUCGCGGCGGCACCUGCAGCUCAGCUUCCAGGAGCCGCACUUCUACCUGCGCUGCCUCGGCAAGAACGGCGUCUUCGUGGACGGCGCCUUCCAGCGCCGCGGCGGCCCGGCCCUGCAGCUCCCGCCGCAAUGUACUUUCCGAUUCCCUAGCACGGUUAUAAAAAUCCAGUUCACAUCUUUAUACCAUAAAGAGGAAGUAAAAGAGGAAGCCUCAACACAUCCCCUUCGGCCACUUUACCCUCAAAUAUCACCUCUGAAGAUCCACAUCCCGGAGCCGGAUCUCCGGAGCGUGGUCAGUCCCCUCCCAUCCCCCACAGGCACUAUCAGUGUUCCCAACUCUUGCCCAGCCAGUCCACGUGGUGCUGGAUCCUCAGGAUAUCGUUUUGUUCACAACAUUACCUCGGAUCUGCAGCUGGCAGCAGAGUAUGCGGCAAAGGCAGCAUCAGAGCAGCAGGCAGAUGCAUCUGGCGGGGACAGCCCAAAGGAUGAAUCCAAGCCACCCUAUUCUUAUGCUCAGCUAAUUGUGCAGGCUAUAUCUUCAGCACAGGACAGGCAAUUAACACUAAGUGGGAUCUAUGCCCACAUUACCAAGCAUUAUCCAUAUUACAGGACUGCUGACAAAGGCUGGCAGAAUUCCAUUCGGCACAACCUCUCCUUGAACCGUUACUUUAUUAAAGUCCCACGCUCCCAAGAGGAGCCUGGGAAGGGCUCCUUUUGGAGGAUUGACCCUGCCUCUGAAGCCAAACUUGUAGAGCAAGCUUUUAGAAAAAGAAGGCAAAGAGGAGUGUCCUGCUUCCGAACACCUUUUGGGCCUCUCUCCUCCAGGAGUGCUCCUGCCUCCCCUACUCACCCUGGCCUGCUGUCCCCUCACUCUAGUGGCCUACAGACUCCAGAGUGCCUGUCACGGGAGGGCUCACCCAUUCCACACGAUCACGACUUUGGGCCAAAGCUAGCCUCAGUUCCAGAGUAUCGGUAUUCCCAGAGUGCACCCGGAUCUCCAGUGAGUGCCCAGCCAGUGAUUAUGGCUGUUCCUCCCCGACCAUCCACCCUGGUGGCCAAACCAGUGGCCUACAUGCCAGCGUCCAUAGUGACUUCUCAGCAGCCUCCGUGCCACGCAAUCCACGUCGUUCAGCAAGCCCCCACUGUCACCAUGGUCCGAGUGGUGACCUCCUCUGCAAACUCUGCAAACGGAUACAUCCUCACAAACCAGGGCACAGCAGGAGGAGCUCAUGAAGCUGCAGGAGCAGUGUUGGACUUAGCUGCUGACCACCGAGGCAUGGACGAGAAGCCAACGAUCGCGUUUGCCACGAUCCCCACGGCCAGCCGUGUUAUCCAGACAGUGGCCAGUCAGAUGGCGCAGGGUGUCCCCGGGCAGACUGUCACCAUCCUGCAGCAGGCGGCUCCGGUGGCGCUGGGGCAGCACCAGCUGCCGGUGCGGGCGGUCACCCAGAACGGCAAACACGCCGUGCCCACCAACAGCAUCGCUGGCAGCGCCUACGCUCUUACAAAUCCACUGCAGCUCCUUGCAGCCCAGGCCAGCUCAUCCACUCCUGUUGUAGUCAGCCGGGUCUGCGAGCCGGGGACCGAAGAGACGGCAGCAGCCUCCUCCAGCGAGCCUGAAGUGAAGAGACCACGGAUAGAGGAGCCCAGCGGAGCAGUGCCAGCCCAGACUGGAGUCAUCACCUCCACAGUGCCACAAGGACAGGCAACCAGUGAAUGAAGAACCGGUGGGAGGAGCUGGAGUGAUGGUGGGGUGGGCAUGGGAUGGCAGGAGCCCUAAAGCAGCUUUCACAGGAAACCAACCACAACUGUAACAGCUCAAAACAGCUGAUAAAGAGCUCUUUUUAAAGGCAGAUUUUUCAUUGGGAGGACAACAGCUGUUAUAAUCACAAGGUGCCAAAAAGAAUGGAAAAUCCCUCCCAAGAACCCAUAUCUGGAACUUUGUUCUGUCUCUACUUAUGGGAUAUUUUUUUCCUUUUUUUUUCUUUUUUUUUUUUUUUUUUUAAGAUUCAAAAAAAAUACAGACAACUGAUUGUAUGACUGCUGGGAUAUUUUUAACUAUGUUUUCCCCUUUUGGCUCCAAGGGGAUGGGAUUUGCAGUUCAGAAUCUAAAGGAAUGUAAUACAAAUACAGUCUGCUCCCUGGAAAGAAAACUCCUCACGUUCUAUGCCUUAAUACCACACUUCUGAGAGCUUUGAACCAUAGGACCAUUUUAAAAAGGUCACUAAGGCAAUCAAACGCUGAAAGAUGGGUGCAGUAUCUCACAACAACAUUAAAGAAACAUGGUACCAAACAUAAAAAAAAAAGGCAAAAUAUUCUGGUUUUUUAAAACAGAAAAUUCUGAAUAUAAAUGUUUAUUUAUAUAGGGAUUCAGGAGGAAGAGUUAUAGGGCUCAGCCACCUGGAUUUCCAGAUGAAUUUCUCUCCAUUCCCUCUGAGGGAGAAUAGGAUGACAGAGGAACUGUAUUAACUUGGUUCCUGUAAAGAUGUUAAAAACAAAGGGGUUUGUAUCUUAACAAAUAAUUUCUUACAAUUAUUCAUCACUUGCUCUGGACAACAGCCAAAGUAUCUUGAUGCCUGAGGACCACAUCUCCUAUGUCUCCAGGAGGUUUCUGUAUGCAUUUGAUUGAUCACAGCUUGUGUGAAGCGCCAGCUUUUGUUCAAAUUAGCACUGGAGGUGAAGGCAUGGCCACUGUCUUUGUGACCUUGAGAAAAUACUGGUUGAUGUUCUGCACUAAAGCUGUCACCUUCAGCUCCUCGUGGUGACGUGGUCCUUAGCUUGAUGGACCCUGGUCAGGAGGUCAGAGCUGACCCUCUUUCAUGGCUGACAGCAGAAUUCCUGUGUUGCUCUUUGGAGAGGGAAGUUUGGGGCUUGGAUGAGAGGCAGCAGAGGUCAUACCAUGGUUCAUUCAAAUUCUGUCAGGGUAUAGUAGACAAAGGCAAAAAACUUCUCUUUUAUUUUCCGUGUGGCAAAACUCACUGGAGGUCUUCAGUUUUACCAAAAUGGAUUCAGAGGUUUGCUUUCAUUGCUUGGCUCCCUCCCAUCUCUCCUGCCUUGAGCACCAUUUGGGUUUGCCAGUAGGAGGAGGCCUUUACUCAAAUUGUAUUCCAGGCUCCUCACAUAGCACAAGGAUCUUUCAAGGAAGGCAGAUUUGACUCACUGCAGCCACGUGCAGCAGUGGGUGUGUGAGACACCUUGUGACUGGCAAAGAAACCCACCCCUGCCUGUAACCUCCUCCCUUUGGCUUUACACCCUUUCCAGUCCCCUUGGCUAACAUGUCUUCUGGCAGCACAGCAGAGAUUUUUUCAUUUAGCAAAUGUUACAGCUUUGGUAAUGGCAAGAGUGACUUAAGAGGGGUGGGCUGUGCUUCUGGUGGGUUAUCCCCUAUAUGUACUGAUUUCCUGUCCUGUGCAGUCUGACACCACUGCAGAAACAUUGCAAAAAGCCUUCCUCAAUGUGCAGUAAAUGAUACUGUCAGUGUAUCCAUGGGGAUUAGGGGCAGGGCACAGCCCUUCAGUGCCUGCUGGAAUCUGGGGAGGAAGUCCACAAGGUAACAGCUGGCAUCACUUGUUCCCUUCUAGGUUUCCUUUGUCUUUGCCAAAUCCUAUUCAAUAACCAAGUCCCACCACUUGAAUAAAAUCCAGACAUGUUUAAUUCUCAAGUCCAUUGUUUUGUAAGAAAUAUUGCUGAAAGAAGGAAGUAAUUUCUUGGUCUCAUGAUUUGCGGUUACUUUCUGUGGAGAGAGGCACAUAAAAUAUUCAUGACAGAUCAUUUAUCUCAGCUGGGCUUUCAGAAUUCAGGUGUGUGCCCUUAGUGACAGUUAUUAGAUGGGAUUUUAGUACUUUGAAAUGGUUUUGUGAAGGAGGAUUGUUAGAGACCACAAAGUAAUUGAAGCAGGCUGGCCUCCAGCUGUCCCUUCUCCCGCUAGGAAGGCAAGGUGUGGCACAGCGGAAAAGCACACAGAUUAGCUCUGUUUUCUGUAGCCUUUUCAAAGCCAGGAGUCAAUAAAAUGAACUUCCAGGCAGAAGGCACAAGUGAGAGUGCAGCACAGUGUAUCUGUGAUGAAUCAUUACUUUUGGGUGACUGCUGGUUUGGGUACAGGCACGCUCUGAAACAGCCCCACGGCUCAGGAGCGCUCCCGAAGUGCAGGAGUCCUUGGGUUUCCAGGAUUUUGGGUGAGUCAGAGCAAGAUGAAAAACCAACAGAAAACUGUUCAGGAUGUGGAGCUGCCAAAAUUCUGUGGAUUUUUCUUCACUGAUGCUUUUCUCUUGAAGAGUCUAAAUAAUUAAGCCUGGAACCUCUGUAAAUUAAUCCAGCACUACAGAAAGACAUCAGCUGAAUGACAGUGUUUUCAUCCACCAUAAAGCUGCUGCUUUGUGGAUACCUCUUGAAAGUCCAUCCUCAGGUUGCAUGUGUAGAUCUGCCUCCUGAGUAUUUAGAACAGAAUAACACUUUCUCUCUCUUCUUUUUGUGGCUCACAAUGCCUGAUGGUUCAAAUGGGAGUUGAGGAUAAGCAAAUAUCUUUGUUCUGUUCACUCUUUCUGCUUGAGAUGUCUGGAACUUGUCAGCUCACCCUUUCAGGGGGUUUUUGCUUUAUCAGUCUGCUGCAUCCCUCUGCUGCUGUAGGAAGCAGUCCUGCCACUUGCAGAUUUUUUUUUUUAAUAGGUUUGGCUAAACAUUGCCUGGUACCAGGUAAAAUAACUGUUCUUGCUAAAUCGUGUUGGGAGCUGUGGAAGAGUGUGGUCCUUAGCCAGAACAUGUGAGAUGAAGGCAUCUUGUUUCAGGCCUCCAGAUGAAUUCUUUCAGCACUGAUAAAUCUGGAUGACAGCACCAUUCUUUCUGCAUACCAGUCCUGAUUCUACAGGCUGCAGAAGCAUGGUGGUAGAAUUAAGUCUUCAACUAGGAAGAAAAUGUUUACCUUAAUGGUUAUAUGCAGUACUCAGAUUAUUUAAAUUUAUAAUCUGACUUGUUUGUAUUGUCUAAAAAGUUGCAUCUCAUCUUUGAUUACAUUAACUAAAGGUUUGAGAGGAAGUGAAGGGGGAGGCUUCACUGGAUUUUCUGCUGUCUGUGUAAUGAAGGUCAAGGCAUAUUGAAUAUUUAAACUGUGAUAACUUAGACCUGGGAAAACUGUAAAGCCAAGUUCUUAAUGUGUGAAUUCACUUUCCACCAUUCCCUAUUGAUUUCUUUUCACCUUAGGCAAUGACAUUGACUAAUUUUACUUUGAUCACAGUUCGUUUAUAGCAACUUUCUUUGCCCCAGUUUGCAAGAGUUGAAUGCAGUUGCUCUUUGUUCUAUUCCACUGGAAUUCCAUGUUGUUUGUCUUGACCUUGGCUCUUAUGAUACAGAAAGCUUUUUAGAGAAAGAUCAAUUUAAUCUGAUUUAGUGAUAACACAGCACAGUGCUGAGCACAAAAUUGAAGUUCAUGAUUAGCUCAUAUAUUCUUUUCAACUCUUUUUCCUUCCCAUAUUCCCCCCUCCCCCAUACCAUUAACGAUGUCCCCUGUAGCAUAUCCAGUCAUUUUUAUCCACUGACAGGAGCAGCACCUUGCAUUAAGCUCUGCCUGAGGACUCAAGGAUGAAAAUGCCUGUGGAAUACGUGGAGCUCCAGAAUAGGUUAAGAAAGGUCAAUUUGGUCACUGUGUAUUAAUUUUCAUGCUGUGUUCUAGACAUGUUACUGUUGGGCAGAGCUUAUUCAGGAGAGUGUUUUCAGAGACAUCUUAAAGCUUUGUAAGAGGAAAGAAAUAACAGCUCAAGCUCUUACAGUGCUUCUGCCAUCAGCAUCAUGGUCUAGCAUCAGAUUUUAGUGGGAGUAAUUUUGCAUGUUUGGUCUUGUGUACUGACGUAGAGUUGUCAUUCAGAGUUAAUUUCCACAUUUUUUUCCUUUUUCAGUAGGGAAAUGCACACAGUGGAAUAAAACUUGGAGUACAGAAGGCUAAGGGACCUGUAUCUAAGCAAGUGAGGGCAUCUGACCUGAACUCUCUUGCAGUGUGGUGUGGAACACUUCUCCCUGCCUGCUGGGGGUGUUCAGUUGGUUUUGGAGCUUUUCAUCUGUGUCAGCAAGGGGGUAUUUAUUUGGUAUCACUGGUGUGUGCUAGUGUGUAAGUGAAUGUCAAAAUGCAGGGUGAAAGGAGAAGUGUUUCCCUGCUACACUUGGGUUUGGAGAUCUUGGAUUUCACCUGGCAGUAGUUCUGUACCUCUCCUUAGAGAAUCCAUUCCCACCACACAAGGUGAAAACUUCUCAGCAGCAUAAGAAGAAUUUCCCAUGCAGCUGCAUUUGUUCCUUGCCUCUGAGGAAAACCCAGCUCUGCCUCCUCUGCAUGUUGCAAAUAGGUACUUGAAGGUUCCAGUAAGAUCUUCCCAAUUUGCUUCCUUCUCUUAAGGCUGAACCAGCCUGGUUGUCUCAGUUUCUUUUUGUCCAUCAGGUGGAAUUGCUGCAGGGGGUCCCUGUGAGUCUUGUACUGGGGAGCCCAAAGGCAGAGACAAGUGCUGCAGACAUGAUCUGGGGAAUGUUGGAUGGGUUGGAAGAGGAAUCCUUUUCCUUGGCCUGGUAGCUACAUUUCUGCCAGUACAGCUCAGUACCUGUUCGGUCUCUUGCUGCAAGGCAAGUAUAAAGUGUAAGGAACAAAUCACAGAGUGAACUGGAUUGCAUUUGUGCAGAUGCAACCACAUUGUCGCUCUCUUCCCAGGAACAGUCCUAAUUUGGGUCUUUUUGAGCAGGAAGCAGCACUGAAGGAUCCUGAUCACUUUUAAAGAUACCUAUGCUUAAUUUUAUCAAGUGAUAGUUUCAAUUCAGUGUGGAAAAUUGCCUUGAGUUUCUACCUGCUACAAAAUCUUUGAGACUUUUUUUAAGUCCUGCUGCUAUUAAGUUGGACCAGGGCAUUAAGAAUGAACCUCUAAAGGAACAGGACUGGCUUCAUAUUUUUUUCCUUGCUGCACUGAGUUUUUGAGUUUGCAAAUGCCAUCCUGCAGUAAAUUAUCUGAAUUCUCUUGCCAGCCAGUCUCUUGGGCAGCUCCUCAUCACUUUUUCCCCUCUAUUUGUAGUUAAAUCUGUCAACUCCAGAGUCCUUUAAUCCAACUCCUAAUUUAAUUCCAUUGCUUGAAGGUCUGCAUCUGGCGAGGAUUCUUGUGUUAAGUUGCAGUUACACGAGUAAACAAUCUGUUGUAGAACUUCUUGUGUCCUUCUGGGUGAAAAAUUAUGCCCAAGCUGCUGCUACUAUAGCAUACACUACUGCUGGAAGGUGUAGCUUCCAGUGGAGCCAGCUGUGCUGCAGAAAACAGUUACACUACAGGGUCAUUGGAUUGCUGGAGCUGAUGCCUUCUUGCCUGUUGAUCUGCACCUGAUCAAAAGGUGGCUGGGGAAUCUCUCUCUGGGCUGCCUGGCAGCUGUUGGGCUGGGAUUUGUUAGAUCAGCACCCCUCUCUGCUGGCUGGGUUGUUUGCAGGUCAGUGCACGUGUUUGUGCAUACAGGUGUGGGUGUAUUCCCGUGCCAUAACCAGCAGUGGGAAUUCUGUAGCUGUGAGGGUGGGCUUUCUCCAUUAGGGUGUCUUUCAUGGGGCAAUAAUACACCAGGGAGCAUAUUACUUUGGCCUGAGCAAGACAUUUUAAAAAAUACUUUGUUUUCUUGGAGCACUAUAUUUAAAAUCCAAAUUUUGAAUCAAUUUUUGGCAUUUGUAUUUAUAUGUUUGGAAAAUUCUUUUGAUACCUUUUUGAUUUACCAACACUGAAUUAAAACCUUUCAGAAUGUAUGGUUGGUCCUCUCCUUAUGUGUCACUUUAAGUUUCAGAGCACAAGGGUAGUUGUGCCAAAUCUACCCCUUUGCUCUCAAGACAGAAAAAAAAAAACAUUGACAAUUUAUGGGUGGCAGCUAAGGAAGAAACCCUUUAAAUAUUUUUUUCAGAGAAUAUGAAAUUAGAUCUGUGUAAACAUAAAAUUUAUAUUUAUUAAUGUGUGAGUGUGUGAGCGUGUGUGUCAAUAUAGAUAUAUAAAUGGUCCAUGACUAUUUCUUUCUCUUGAAUGGUACUUACACAGACUUUUAUACAGUGUGUUGGUAAUCCCUGCACCAGGCACUGACUCUGAAAGAAUGAUGAACUUAUUUUUGUAACAAAUGUGAGCAGCCAGUGGAAGCAGCUUUACUUCAGUGAUUGCUUUCAUUCCUCUCGCAGAGCAGAAGAGGCAACCUGGUACUUGCAUCUUCCUUCUGUAGGAUCCCUGCUCCUGGCUUUGUCCUGCUUGCAGCAACCCCAGUCCACACUGCUUUUCUGGCAAGAAAAGCCCCCAAAUGGCACUAAUGAAAGCUGGAAUCCUUUCUUGUCUGCAGUUCUCUCUAGAUGCAGUGUCAGGGAGUUGUUUACAGAUUCUGCUCUGUAAAUAAUGGGACCUUAUUUCUAACAGAGGAGAUUUAUGGGGGGUCCAUGAGGAUGCUGUAAGGCUGAGGAAUUCCUCUCUGUCAGGUGGCUAAGCUAACACUGGGGCACUAGGAAAUAGUUUCAUUUCUUCUGUGGUGAGAUAAUUUUCCUCUUGUCAUGCUUCUGUCUCUUUUUGGGGUGAGGUGUGUCUAUAUUCCCCUUAAAAACAAGCACAGAAGAGUUUUUCUAAUGUUUCCAUUCACAGGGAGUAAAUUUUUUGCUGAACUGGCCAAAGUUCAGGUGUGAUUUAAUUCCACAGGGAUCACUAAAUUCACAGAAGGGUGUAUUCUGAACCACUUGGAUCCUUUGAGAAUAAAAGCAAAUGAUAUUUGACUUCCUAAUCUUAAUUGCUCUUCCAGAAGCAGAAAUUCUCUAUGAGGAUCUGAGUGAAAGCUUCACCUCAGCAAUCACUGGCUGGUGAUGGGGCUUCAGUACUUCAGGGAGGACAAGGUUGGUGAUAGGAAGAGUGACCAGAGUAGGAGCAGUGAAAGGAAGCAGCUUUCCUCCUCAUCCAGCAGAAAACAGCCCCUGUGAAACCCAGACUGCCCCUAAGAUUUGGUUGUUGCCUCGUGUCUGCUGCCAAGUUAUGCUGUGGUCUGGACCUCUCUGUCCUGCUCCUACCCCGCCUCAGUUUCACUUAAAGCACUCUGAGACAGAGCCUUCCUUAAAGCUAAGGGCAACGGUGAGGAGAAAUGUCUGGUAGCUGAAGAAAAAUGAGAUUUAAAUGGAGCAGAAAAAGUGAGAAUUCCUUCUGUUUCACUGUCUUGCUGCUAAAAGUGUGGUGCAGAACAUCCUGAUGUUCUGCUGAUUUAUAUGCUGCUCUUGGGAGGUGGGCAGGCUGCUAAGCUGGCUCUGUAGCAAUUGAAUUACUGUAAACCUAAACUUGCUUAAUCUCUCUCUUUUUUUUUCUCCCUCAAAUGUGCUUGAAGUAGAGGGAACCCGAGUAUUGUUUGUAAGAUCUUUUUGCUUUAAUAGAAAACAGAAUAUUUAAAAAAAAUUUUAAAAAUUUUAAAAAAACAAAACCAAACUAAUUCAAAUAUAGUGAUACAGAAAAUGGCUUUAAAAUAUGAAAAUCUUACAAGACCAUAUGUUGUGUUGGGUUCUGGACAUGCUGUUUGUGCUGAGGAGGUUGGCCUUGCCCAGCCUGCCAGCCAACCUCCACAUAGCCAAAAAGAGCAUUUUAAGAGUCUGUAGCUAUCCAAAGGACUGUUAAAAGCUGUUUAGGAAUAAAUCAAAAGCUGUGGUGUGAGCAACGGAUGGUAAAGCUGGAAAAUCAGAUCCAACUCUGAAUAAUUGCUCUACUAAAAAACAAAUUCAGAAAAAUCCAACUCUUCCCCCUGUUCUGCAGAUGCUCAUUCCCACUGAGUCCCCGGGGAAGGCUGAGAGGAGAACCUGAAAUACCUCAAUGGCUUCACAGAAGGGUUUGCUGCAGACAUCUGGGCCAGCCUUACCCCUUUCACCUCGGUUUGGCACUUAUUUUAUAGAAUAAGAAGGUGAUGGGAAGGGGAAACUAAAGCCAUGCUUGCAUUUCAGUUCCUGGUGUUGCCUGUGCAAGACACCUCCAGCCAGAUGUUUUGGGGUUCGUGGGUUGUUUUGUUUUUUUGGUUUUUGUUUUUUUGGUUUGUUUUUUUUUUUUACAGCUGAUAUCAAAAGUUGUUUUGGGGGGUCUUUUUGUGACUUGUUUUCGUUCCCAGUGCUUUUUAAAAAGCAGGCGUGUAUCCCAAGGGGGGAGCUCCGUGGGGGCAGUGGAUGUGAAGUUCAUGUUCUUUCUCUGGCCAUGUUGCAGCGCUGUUCCUGUGAGAUGCUCAAGGCAGCCCUGGCUCCCAGCAGGGUGUGGGAUCCUGCAUCCCAGGAGCUGGACCUGUGUUUCCACUUCAAAUGGGAUACAGUGGUUUUGUUUGUUUGUUUUUUUAAUAUAGAGCCAUACGUUUUUUUAAGUAAUUUGAGAUCUGAAUGUGAUUUCUAAUGUAUCAAGAACGUUAAUAUUUUAAAGCUAUAACAAAUGUUUAAAUUUCUACUUUUUUUUUUUUUUUCAUUUAUUUUAACUGUUCUGUUACCUUAAUUUGAUGUAUGUGGUUGGGGAAUGUUGCUUCUCCUCUUAGCAUUUGUUUCUAUAACCAGAAAUAAAAUUAUAUAUGAAAGAGAAAA